ACAAACCAGUCAACUCAACCAUGAAGUAGUUAUUAGACGGAGUUUCUUGAAAAUAAUUCAACUGCUUGAGAGAGAACUCACAAUGAGUCCUGGACUGGGUCAUGAUCCGUUGUCCAGUUAUAAUAUAACGGCUAUUGGUAAUGCGGCUCUCUGUCUUUGGCAACAGCCACAACACUUCCUUUUCCAACUGGCUAAUUUGUGCUUUGUACUUUCGUACUCAGCACCUUCAUCAAAAAAAGGCAUUCUGUUCAUGCAUUCUGCUCUUAUCAUUGGUUUUAUGCUAUUAUCUGGAUGGGCAUGGCACGUGAUUUGCGCCCCAGAUAUAUUUUCCUGGAAUUUUAGCUUCCUUGUAUUAAAUAUUGGUCAAUUAGUCUACAUAGUUUAUCAGAUGAGACCUGUUCGUUUCGACUCUGAACUUGAGGAAGUUUAUCACACUUUAUUUUAUCCUUUUAAGGUAUCUCGAAUGCAAUUCAAAAGACUUGUAUCUCCGGAAUUCGCAACAAUAAUGUCUCUGCAUGCUGGAGAAGCUUAUGCGAUGCAAAACCUCACAAAAACAGAUAGACUUGGAUUAUUACUGAGUGGGAAAGUCAAUGUCCUUAGUGAUUCGAGCUUCCUUCAUCCAAUUCUUCCAUGUGAGUUUCUAGACUCUCCAGAGUUUGAAAGCUCAAGACCUUCAGUAGACGAUAAAUUCAAAGUGUCUAUUGUAGCAGCAAGCUCGUGUAGAUAUUUGUAUUGGCAACGAUCGGCUUUAGAAUAUUUAUUAGUUAAAGAAACAUAUCUAGCAACUGUGUUAACAACUCUGGUUGCUAGGGACAUUGCCACGAAACUGUAUGCGAUGAAUAACAAGAUAGUUACAGAUAAAGGCUCACACUUGGACAUAAGAUUGCCAUCAAUAAGUGCUGGUAUAACGAUGAGUAGUGAAUACAGAAGUCCUAGGACUUCCAGACAGACUCUAAUACGUCGAAAGGAAGGAAAAUCAACUGCUAAUAAUGUAGGUGGUGCUAUACCUAAAGAACGGCCAGCAAACAAUUUGACGAAACUUGGCGCGCCAAACAUGGAGCCGCUACCCGAGAUGCCGUCUUGUGAUGAUUUGGCUUCCAGCGGGGUCGAGAGCUGGCUGGAGACAUCCAGUAAAUAUCACAGCUGCGAACUUGCCGAUGAAAUGGACGAGUAAAGAUUAUUCAAUAAUUUAUGAUUAAUUGAAAACUAAUGAAAAUGUUAGACCCAUGGUCUUCCUUAUUUUUCUACGUCAAUAUCGGAUGCAAAUAACUAUUGGUCCUUGCAUUAUUUACUGCCCAGAGCGGUCUACAUUGAUUGUAACUACUGUAUUAUUAUUCAAAGUACAAUAAAAAUGUUAUGAUGAAAAUGUGAAUGUUAUGAGAAGUAUAGCACUCUAGUGGAAAUUACCAUUUCUGGAUUUAUUUUUAUGAUUGACCAGAAAUGUAGCUGCUUUUCUAAUCAGAGUAUGCUAAAGCAUCAAUCAGAGACUGAUUAGAAUGUUAAAGAGCAUGAAAGCUAUAUCUUUUAUUUAGUUUAACAUAAAAACUCAUUUAUUUUUUUAACAACGAAGUUAUUGAAGAUUUUUGUAUAUUUCUUUUCAAGAAUAGGAAGAACAUUUUAUAGUACAAUUACUUAAGAUGCUAGAAUAUUUUGUUAGCUUCUUGGUUGAUGAUGAAGUGAUAGUUUUAAAAGCUUAGUAUUAUUGGAAGUAAUUUCUACUAGAGUAAUUCAUUUAUACAAAUAUAUAAUAAUCUAUUGAUCUGUUAUACAUGAGUAGCUAUUUAAUAUUCACAACUGUAUCAUUUUUAUUACAAUAAACAUUUAAAUAACA